ACGAGCAAUCGAUAGAGUUGCAUAGCUGCCAUGAUUCUCCAGAGCUGUUUCCUUCGCCCCAUUCCAAAUGCUGGGAGUCGCUGGUCCAAGCCAUUGUUGGUGGAGAAGAGUUCACAGUUGCGCGGCUACUAUAGUUUGAGACUGCAAAACAAUUUCGAGGUUCGGGGUGUUGAAGCCAAAGCUACUCGCGUAGAUCGUGCAUUUAAAGAAGGUCAAAAAAUAAAGGCAGAUUAUGAUGAUCUUAUCUGGCCUUCCCCAAGUGAUGCAACUCCUUUUUGGAAGAGAGAAUUUCCUACUUGGGAUAUCAGUUCAGAGGGUCCUGAUGAUAUCCAGAAGGAUUCUGAUGUUAUACACAUUAUGCAUGUUACAGCUGAACUGGCUCCAAUAGCUAAGGUAGGAGGUCUUGGUGAUGUUGUGACUGGACUUGCCCGUGCUUGUUUAAAACGUGGCCAUAAAGUGGAAGUAUUUCUGCCUUUCUAUGAAUGUAUCAACAAGCAACAUAUCAAGGACUUGGUUUUGACUAGCUCAUAUAGCUCGUAUUAUGAUGGGAAUUGGGUCCCUACUAAUGUAUAUCGAGGUGCAGUAUCAGGCAUCCCAGUGUUGCUUAUUGAACCUUCCAACCACUUCUUCAAGGGACAAAAUGUUUAUGGAGGUUCAUACAAUGAGUUGGAAGCAUAUCUAUAUUUCAGCCGUGCCUGCCUUGAAUGGAUGCAGGUUUCUGGGAUCCAGCCAGAUAUUAUCCAUGUCCACGAAUGGCAGACUGGUGCUUUGCCAUUGCUCUACUGGGAUAUGUAUCACUACCUUUCCCUGAAGAGACCACGAAUUGUGUUGACCAUCCACAAUAUGGAACACUAUGGAGAAUGCAGGCAAGAGCAACUUAGCAAGUCUGGUCUUGAUGGAUCCAUAUAUGCAACUGAAGAGAAGGCUGUAGAUGAUCGAACUAUUGGGCAUAACCCUGAGAGAUUAAGUUUACUGAAAGGAGGCAUUGUCUACAGCAAUGCUGUUGUUACAGUUUCCAUGACAUAUCUCAAGGAAACACUUUGCUCUGGUUGGCUUGCUGCCAUGCUGAUAAGACAUCGUGACAAGUACUUUGGCAUUUUGAAUGGUAUAGAUACUGCAAUGUGGAACCCUGCAACAGAUCCAUUCUUGCCUGCCAAGUUUGAUAGUAACAAACUUGAGGGGAAGAAUAUCUGCAAACUUUAUGUUCAAAGAGGACUAGGUUUGGAUCCAGGACACCUGUCAAACCCAGAUAAGGCACCUCUGGUAAUAUGCAUAACUAGAUUAGUUGCACAGAAAGGGCUUCAUUUGAUUAUCAACGCAAUCAGAUAUGUGGAAGAACUUGGUGGACAAAUGGUGGUUCUUGGGAAAGCUCCUGAUGCUGGGGUUCAAAGAGAAUUUGAAGGUCUUGCUCAACUGCAUAAAGAACGUUCCAGCAUCCGGAUUCUUCUGAUGUAUAGCGAGGAGUUAUCGCACAUGCUCUAUGCAGCUGCUGAUAUUGUGUUGGUUCCAUCAAUUUAUGAGCCGUGUGGACUUGCUCAGAUGAUUGGAAUGCGUUACGGCUCGAUCCCCCUGGUUAGGAAGACUGGUGGUCUAGCUGACACGGUUUUUGAUGUGGAUGAUCCAUCACAACAUGAAAAGGGAAACGGCUUUGUUUUCGAAGGAAUUGAUGAAGGGUCGUUGAACCAGGCUCUAGACCGUGCAUUCUAUUGCUACAAAGAGAAACCUGAGAAAUGGAGGGGAAUAGUAAAGAAGGUAAUGCAGAUUGACAAUAGUUGGAACAACACAGCAGAAAAAUACAUCGAUGUAUACAAUUCAGUGAGAGUGAGAGAUCAGUGACACCUUCUGAGGGCUAAAGCAGAGCAAUUUGCACUAAUAUUUUGCAGUAAAGAACAAGUUCUACUACUAUUACUACAACUACAAUAACCCUGUGUUGAUCAAAUAGGAAAACAAAACUGCAUAUCUACUUUCAGCUUUAUAAUAUAAAUUAUGGAUUAAAAGAAAUGCAAACCAAAUGCUUAUAAUAUUAA